UCCAUGAUUAUCAUCAUCAUUCGAGUUAAUACAUCAUUCAUCAUCUAUGCACCUAAUAUAGUUAGCUUACAACAAACCCUUAACAUAAAUAUUAAAUACACACCAAUACCACUCAUGACUCAUGAGAAAGUUAAAGCUCUCCUACAAGACACUUAAACUAUACAUAGUUUGAGGUGGUUGUCAUGCUAUUGUCUAGUAGUUGUCCAAAAUGUUUUGGUUUAGUAAAUAGGUAGGCCCAUUUAAUUUUUGACCCAUAAUGCUUUGAUUUUUUGUGCACAUGGAAAUAAAAUAGGGAAGGAUCAAAGUUAGGUUUGGUUGGUUGUAUGGAGGUAUAAAUAAUUUUGUAUAUUAGGUGUAUCAUUAAUUGGUUUAUUGGUUUCAUUGAUUAGCAGUGUUGAAACCAAAUCAAACCACCUAAAGCAAAUAAGCUAAAUUGUUUAACCAAACCAAACCAAUUAUCCAAAUUAACCAAACUAAAUUAACCGAAUACUACCGGAUAAUAUGAUUACCACGAUAACCAAUCCGUUUGAACACGUUGAUCACAAGUCAUAUUUUCCCGUGUGCAUUGCCUCGUUUUUUUUUGUUUUUGGUAAAAAUUGUCUCGUUUUUUCACCACCUCUGUUUCCAAUUUCUACAGUUCCGUUUGCAUCUGUUUUUAAACGGAUCCGUUACAGCCCGUCACUGGCUGGCAUCCAACCCUAACGUUUCUCACUCCUUUGCUCACUCCGUCACCGAUCUCCACAUCCCCACCUCCGUCCUCUCCUCCGCCAACCCUCCGUCACCUUGACCCUAACGUCGUCAUCUCUCCCUCUCUCUCUCUCUCUCUCUCUCUCUCCCCUGCCGUCUUUUCCAAAUCUCAUGGCCACCGACGAUUUCCCAUUAAUCGACGAUCCGCACGCUCCUCCGCCUCCUCACGCACCCGCCGCCGUCCACCCCGACUCCGAGUCCGUCCACGGCGGAGAUUAUUACCCGACCUACCCCGACUCCGACCAGGAAAAGUCCGGAUCCGGAGCUCCAACAACUCCGUCGUCGAAACGGAGCCACCACCACCACCAGCAGCCGCCGUCGUCGCAGCAGCAAUUCUAUUACAACAGCAACAGCAGCAGCAGCAAAAGGCAGAAAGCGAACGGCCACGGCGCGGAACCGGAAUCGACCGCUAACACCGCCGCGACGCCGGAUUACCGUGCGGAUUACCGCAAGGACAGGGAGGAAUGGAGCGACACGGCGAUCUCGUGCCUGCUGGACGCCUACACGGUGAAGUACAGCCAGCUGAACCGCGGGAACCUGCGGGGGAGGGACUGGGAGGAGGUGGCGGAGUCGGUGAGCGAGAGGGGCGGGAGCGGUAACAGGAAGAGCGUGGAGCAGUGUAAGAACAAGAUCGAUAAUCUGAAGAAGAGGUAUAAAGUGGAGCUGCAGAGGAUCAGCGGUGGUGGGUUUGGAGGUAAUGUGGCUAGCAAUUGGCAUUGGUUCAAGCAGAUUGAAGCCAUCAUCGGGAGUUCAUCUUCUGGUUCUAAAGCCGUCUCCGCUGGUGCCGGUGGAGCUGUUGCAGAGAGUAGUGAACCUAGUCCCAUCGCAGUGGCGGUUCCUGUUGUGAAUGGCGGCACGUUGACGACCGUCAGGCAGACUAAAAGGCAAACCCCGAGCAGUUCUGCCUUAGCAAACAACUUGAAACCUAAAUCAAUGCCGAAUUUGAAAUGGCGCAGAGUUGUGUUCAAAAUCAGUGGUGCUGCUCUGGCAGGUAACUGCCAGAAUAUUGAUCCGAAGGUUGCAAUGCAGAUAGCAAGUGAAGUAUCAACAGUUUGUCGCCUUGGACUUGAGGUGGCAAUUGUUGUUGGUGGUCGUAACUUCUUUUGUGGAGAUUCAUGGAUAUCUGCCACCGGCUUGGACAGACCUACAGCAUACCAGAUUGGCAUGAUGGCAACUGUCAUGAAUUCUGUAUUGCUGCAAUCAGCUUUAGAGAAACUGGGAAUUCAGACUCGCGUGCAAAGUGCAUUUUCAAUGCCAGAGCUCGCUGAGCCUUAUAGCAGGCAACGAGCUAUCCGACAUCUUGAGAAAGGGAGAGUGGUCAUAUUUGGUGGGGUGGGUGCUGGGGCUGGCAACCCUUUGUUUACAACCGACACAGCAGCAGCCCUAAGAGCUUCUGAGAUCAAUGCAGAUGCUCUGCUCAAAGGCACUAACGUAAAUGGCAUUGAUGAUUGGCAAACCAGUAAUAGCAAUAUGAUACUGGAUCAUAUAUCAUUCAGAGACGUGGUCUCUGGGGGUGCUACGUCGAUGGACAUGAUGGCGAUUACCUACUGUGAAGAGAAUGGAAUCCCAGUUGUGGUCUUCAACAUGCUGGAGCCUGGAAAUAUAUCAAGAGCACUAUGUGGUGAACAAGUUGGGACUUUAAUUGAUCAAACAGGAAGGAUCAGUCAAUAACUGCCAUCGAUCAUAAACCGCGCUUUUUACACAUUUCCGAGCUUCUUAUUUGUUUGUACAUACCCGAAUUUGUUGUUCCAAGCUGGAAAACAACAAAGAUGUAUAAACAUAAUGUGAUAUGGACUGUGUAAACAUGUCCUCCCCAUUGUGAUGUAGCUAGAUUAUCUAUAUUCGUGUCUACCCAUUCUUCCAGACUCGUGUAAAAUAAUUACGAGUCUCUUCGCCUCGAUGUUAGCCUUGCAGUUGGUGUAGUUGACUGAAUCUUCUGCGUAUUUGCUAAUUCUAAUUAUGGUUUGAUGUGUGCUAUUUAGUUUUGUCCAGUUCGGUUUACACACUGGGCUGAUGCAUUUCAGUGCAGUCGUGGUUUGUGAAUGCAGUUGUCUAUUCCUUUUCGCAAUAGCAUCUAUGCAAUUAACGCUUACGCGUGCCAAUAACCACAUGGUUGUCCAAGAUUAAGCCUUCUUGUUUGUAAGAGUCGUCAAACUCGCAAGAUCGAGCUGCAACAUUGUUCUAUCAAACACUGAUGCUGCAGUGUUGGAAUCGAGCUGCAACAUUGUUCUAUCAAACACUGAUGCUGCAGUGUUGGAACCAGCAGUGUCGCAAAGUUGCUCCAAGGCUUUAGUGGUGUUCAUCCAUGGACUCACACCAGCUGUGGGCUUAACGAACACUUCUCUUGAAUAAACUAAUCUACUUUUA